GCGUUUCACCAAAUUCUCCCCUAACCAAAUUCAUUAAAUAAAUCUACAUUUUCAACGUAUAUUUUGGUGUCACGCAUAGCAUUGAAUAAAUUAAUCCAUCCCUCUUUUCCAUUUAUACAGACAUUCCCUCUCUCAAUCUCACUCAUAGUUCAUUAUAUGAAGUAUGAUUCUGAUUUUCAUCAACUAGCUAUAGCGACAAGAACCAUGCCAAAGAAAAUUCGAGAUUACCUCUUCAAAAUCAAAAGCCCUCGCCCUCAAAUCCGAUUACCCUCUAAGAACUGGAUUCUGUCUGGUUGCAAACAUCCUAGGACACCUUCCUUUGCCUUGUACAAUGCUACAAACGAACCUUCUCCUCGUCGUCAUCAUCAUCACCAUCAAGAACACGUUGUUCGUAAUAACAACAACAAUCACCACCGCAAGGACGAUGCAGCCACCUUAGCAGACGUUGACCGUUUCCUCUUAGAGAAUUUCAAGUCUUUGUACCUCAAAGACGACGAUGAAACCUUAGACACCAAAAGGGUCUUCGAAGGUGACGACCAAAACCACGUAGAAACAACAUCGCCACGAGAUGUUCGUGGGCCCACCCGGUUCUUCGUGAAGCCUGGGUUCUCUGGGUCACUAGUGGAGGACGCUCUCACAAACACCACCAUUAAUACAGCAACCAGUGACGAAGUAGGAUCGGUGUCAACUGUCUCAACCCUCUACGAUGUUUCGUCUUCCAGUUCUUACGAGAAGGAGGGUGCGGAUCACGCGCUUCCGGAUGAUAGCAUCGCUCUCUUGACUCACUCCACCAGCCCUUACGACGAUUUCAGACGUUCCAUGCAAGAAAUGGUGAACAACCAUGAAGGGGUGGUUGAUUGGGAUUUCAUGGAGGAGCUCUUGUUUUCUUACCUUAAUCUCAACCACAAAAAAUCGCGUAAGUUCAUCCUUGGUGCUUUCGUCGAUCUCAUCACCGCCAUGCGUCGGAGUAAUUCCGAACCACCUUCCGACAAGCCACGUAGCGUUCGAACUGUUAGGAGUGUGACCAGAAACGUAACGUUAGGAUUUGGGUCUUCUCUGUAACAUCAAUUUUAGUUUAUUCCGAACGCAAUAAUAACCAUUAAAUUUAUGUCCAGUGGGGGUUAUGCCUCAAGAGUUUAUCAAGAAAAACUCUUGUUGGAAAAAGCAUGCCUAAAAUAUUUCAUGGGACGAGGUUUAAGGAAGAUCUAGUGUUUGAUUUUUGAAUACUUUGUACCAUAAUUAAAUACUUUGUAUUUUGUUAAUAAAAAAGAGUGCACUUGCUUAUCGCUUAA